CCCCAGGGAAAGCUGGAAGAAGUUUGCAAUUGAAUUGCAAAAAAGACUGGUGGUGGUUGCAAAGGUGGGGAGUGGAGUGGAGGUAAGUUUUGUGCGUGUGCGUGUGUAUGUGUGGUGGCUGGAGGGAGCUGCUUUUGUGCACAUUUCUCUCUGCUUUGUGUGGCAGGGAGAGGAGGAGGGCGGUGGGGGCGGCCUGUCCUCUGUUAUUUACUUGGGAGGAAUCAUGUCGGUUGCUCCCCUCUCGUCCCUUCACGGCCCCCCUUUCUCAAUCUCCGCAGGUGAUCUGGGGAGAUUUAUUCUCUUAAAGCGUCCAGGCCAAGGCUUGGAGAAACCAGCCGUCACCAUUGAGCCCAGCAGCUGGAGCGGCAGUGAGAGUCCUGCCGAGGACAUUGAAAGAAUGAGUGAUUCUGCAGAUAAACCUAUCGACAACGACGCAGAAGGUGUCUGGAGCCCAGAUAUUGAGCAAAGCUUUCAGGAGGCGCUAGCUAUAUAUCCCCCUUGUGGGAGGAGGAAAAUCAUAUUGUCUGAUGAAGGCAAAAUGUAUGGUAGGAAUGAACUGAUAGCCAGAUACAUCAAACUUAGAACGGGAAAGACACGGACCAGGAAACAGGUGUCUAGUCACAUACAGGUCUUAGCAAGGAAGAAAGUUCGAGAAAUUCAAGCCGCCAUUAAGGUGUCUAGUCACAUUCAGGUUCUUGCCAGAAGGAAAUCUCGUGAUUUUCAUUCCAAGCUGAAGGUAACAAGCAUGGAUCAGACUGCAAAGGACAAAGCACUCCAGCACAUGGCAGCCAUGUCAUCAGCUCAAAUAGUAUCUGCAACAGCGAUUCACAAUAAGUUGGGCCUGCCAGGAAUUCCCCGUCCUACAUUUCCUGGAGCACCUGGAUUUUGGCCAGGGAUGAUACAAACAGGACAGCCUGGAUCUUCACAAGACAUAAAGCCAUUUGUUCAGCAGACCUACCCUAUACAGCCAACAGUCGCAACCCCCAUUUCAGGUUUUGAACCUGCAUCAGCUCCAGCACCCUCAGUUCCUGCUUGGCAAGGUCGAUCUAUUGGAACAACUAAACUCAGACUGGUGGAAUUUUCAGCUUUUCUUGAACAACAAAGAGACCCUGAUUCUUAUAACAAACACCUCUUCGUUCACAUUGGACACGCCAACCAUUCUUACAGUGAUCCGUUGCUGGAAUCAGUGGACAUUCGUCAGAUUUAUGAUAAAUUCCCUGAAAAGAAGGGUGGCUUGAAGGAGCUGUUUGGAAAAGGACCUCAGAAUGCCUUCUUCCUAGUAAAAUUUUGGGCGGACUUAAAUUGCAACAUCCAAGAUGAUACAGGAGCAUUCUAUGGCGUAACUAGUCAGUAUGAGAGCUCAGAAAACAUGACAAUCACCUGUUCCACCAAAGUCUGCUCAUUUGGGAAGCAAGUGGUAGAAAAAGUAGAGACUGAAUAUGCACGGUUUGAGAAUGGCCGGUUUGUGUUUAGAAUAAACCGCUCUCCAAUGUGUGAAUAUAUGAUCAAUUUCAUCCACAAGCUCAAGCAUUUACCAGAGAAAUAUAUGAUGAACAGCGUGUUGGAAAACUUUACAAUUUUGUUGGUUGUAACAAACAGGGACACACAAGAAACCCUACUUUGCAUGGCAUGUGUAUUUGAAGUUUCAAACAGCGAACAUGGUGCCCAGCAUCACAUCUACAGGCUUGUAAAGGACUGAACCAUUAUUUAUAGACAUGUUUCAUUAUUAUAACUCCUUAUGAAAACACAAGACUGUCAACCUCAACACUAAGUGGCAGUUCCUCUGGCUGAGCUAUCCCCAACAUUUUUCUAAACCUCAUUUUAGUGUGUCAAUAUAUAUUGUAGCUGUGAAAUUCUGGUACAGUUGUACAAAUUCUUUCUAAAACAAAGUGUUCUUCAAAUUUAUAAAACCGCCAUUCUUUGGGGAGACUAUAUUUAAGAAGUUCAAGGCCUUUGUGGAAGUUUUAAUUUUUGUUGUUGUUAUGUUAGAAAAUAUAUAUAUAUAUAAGACAGAGCAUUUGCCAUGGGAAAACUUAACAGCAAUUAUAAGAGUUUAUGAGGUGUUUUGUCUAAAUUAAUAAAAACAUGUUUUUAAGAUGCAAGUGAAAUUGAAAUGAAUUUUAACUAUAAGCAUAAAUUAGCACACAAAUUCUUUUUAGAAUUAUCUUCAUAACUGAUUACUGUGGAAGAUACGAACGAAUGUAAUUCACUAAAUUAUUUUAUAACUGCAACUCGAUCUCUGUUUGAAGCCAAAUGACAAACAUAGCCUUAAGAAAUGCCUGAUGGGAGCAGACAGGUUCUAAAAGUAGGCAAAAUGUUAUUUUCCUUCCCUUUACAUUAAAACUAACCUCCUAAUCCACUGAACUUUUCAAGCAGGUAUUGCAAAGCGAGAAGACUUCCUCCCUUUUACUAAUUAUAUCUAGUGCAUAUAAAGUAUUGUACUAAUAAGAACAUUUGAUUAUUUAAUUAAAAAGAUGGCUCGUUUUGCAAUAAUUAGAUAAAUACUGAAAAAUUAGACCUAUGAUGUAUGUAAUCUUGUGUGUGUGGUUAUAUAUUAUAUGAGAAAUUUUGUUUUGUUUUUCCUAAUGACUCAAGAAAUUGCAACACUAAAAUUAGCAAUUAGCAAAUGUAAAGCAGGGGCAGGAAUUAAAGUGCUGUAAUCCAAUAAUAUUGUCAGCUGAAAACACAGAAGAACUGUGGCUGAGAAUAAUAGGUAUACAAACAAAAGGUUCAUCUGUUUUAAUGUCUUUAGAAUGCUAGAAAAUCACAGAGAUCACCAGGCCAAAAGACACCAUGGUUUUCUUACUGUUGCCCUGCACGACUUGUGAUCCACUAAGCUGAAUACAGGCUAAUGGCCCUGUAUGGCAACCCAUCAAAGGCAUCUUCCUUUUCUAGACUUCUCAGAAUAUCAUAGCGUAUCCCUCCCCUUGCUGCUCAAACGUUUGGGACUGAUAAAAAUGACUGAGGAAUUUAUACCAUGGGUGCAAACAUUUUUGUUGGACGGGGGAGCACAUACCCUUAGGGGUAAUCUGUCGGGCAAAGCAUGUUGGCACUGGGCUAAGCCACCUCUUCUCUCCACACACACACUCUCACUCACUUUCUCUCUCUGCCAUGCCAUUUUCUCUCUCCUUUCCCCCCUGCUUACUCGCAGGUUGCCAGAGGAGAAACAGAUAGCUCUUGCUGGAGGUCAGAAGUGAUCCCUUGAAGAAGAGAAACAGCUCAUAGAAUCAUAGAAUAGUAGAGUUGGAAAGGGCCUAUAAGGCCAUGGCCAUCAAGUCCAACCGCCUGCUCAAUGCAGGAAUCCACCUUAAAGCAUACCUGACAGGUGGUUGUCCGUCAGAAGUGAUCCCUUCUUACCCCUCCUUCCCCAGCUCUGUUUAUUUUGGCCUUCCCUUGCUACCCUUCUCUCCCUCUGGGCUCCCCCUACUAGCACAGAAUUGGGCCACAUUAAAUUAGGCUGAGGGCUGCAGGUUCCCGUACGCCUGGUUUAUAAGCAUACACAUUAUUAUUAUGUGGGGUUUAAUUCCAUUUCAGAGCCCGUUUUCUUAAACUUACGUUCUUCUCCAUACAUUAUAAAGACUGAGAAGUGGCUUAAACAGAUUUGUAUUAGUAAAUGUUAAGCAAUGUGCGGUACAUACUCAUAAUGUGGUACGUACUUGCUUUAAAGGAAUACUCUGUUUCAAAGCAUGCCAUCACUUUUAACCACUGCCUUUUCUCUUCUGCAAGUGACUCUUUUUUCCUUUUCUCUUUUCUUUUUUUACCAUAACUCACUGGUUUGAAGUAUUGGCAGGUCACAAUGCCAGACACAAAUAACAAGAAUCAAACGCACCCAGUUUCUUCACUUGAUCAGCUAGGAGCACAGCAAUGCUGCUUCACAGUUUCCCAAAGGGCUUCUUAGGCUCCAGGUUUGCCUUCAUAUAGGGCAGCCAUUGAAUGGUGGGUAGCUUACUGAAUCUUAGAGCCUUCUGCACGUUGAGCAUAUUUUGACCUACAGAUAUUAAAACAGAUGAACUCCUUGGGCUGCAAUCCUGUGCAUAGUUACCUGGGAGUAAGUCCUAUUGAACUCAGUGGGACUCACUUCUGAGUAGACAUUUGCUGGGAUUGUCCUGUCAGUCAUGUUAACUCUCUGAACUGUAAAAUUGGAUGUUUAUGGCUGGGUCUCUUCAUCAGUUUUUAAUACUAACAAUUAAUUUUACAGAAGCACUGCAUCUUACCCAUCUAAAGUUGCCCUUUAUUUAAAGCACUUGGUGUUACAAGUCUAAAACUACUCUUUUUAAAAAAUGUUUUCAUUUAUGAGGCUUUUGGUUUUGAUGGAUUUAUUUUUCAAAUGAAAAAUGUUUUUAAAUGUUAGAAUACUUAUACAGGUCAAGGCAAUUCCUUGAGGUUUAUAAAAUAGCAGUCAGUUUGCAAACCAGGUACACUUCCUUUUUUCCUGUUAAUACAGUCUGCGACACUUAUGUAUGUAAUAACUAUAUGGUUUGAAGAAUCACAAUGUUUCUUGGCGUUCAUUUUUGUAACACGUAUGGGGAACUGUUUGCCUUGUCACUAACUUUACGUGGAUGUAUAUGAUUCAGUCCUCCUCCCCCUGUGCAUGUUUCUUCUGGAAAGCCUUAAGUCCGUCAGAUGUUUAGUGUGGAUUGUGUAGUCCAAAAGGCUGCCUGUAAACUGUGAGCUCUUUUGUAAGCUGGAAGCUUCUCUCUUGUUACUGUUACUUUGUCGUAGGAACUUCUCAAUUCCGAGCUGCCAAAGCAUUACAAUAUGCAGUGCCUUAGUGCUAUAUUAGAAGUACCUUUUAGCCUAUCAUGCCAAUCUUAUGUAGUCCAUUAAUUGGUUUACCUGAGGAAGAAAAAUCUCCUAGAGAGAAGCCUUUUGUCUGCUUUGUCUAAGACACCUUCUUAUAUAAGUCAGUCCCCAUUACUACAUAGUUGGAAUAUCUAUACCAAAAUGAAAUGUUAACAGCUCUAGAAUUUUCUGCAGAAAGUGAAUUGUAUGAAUAAUGCUGCCUUCUUAAAUUCUCAUGACCAAAUACUUAACUUUUGUGACUCUCUGCACUCUUGCAUGCAAGUGCCUUUGGUUUUGAAAUUCCAGCUUAGAAAAGUGCUGCCAUAAUAAUGACAAUUUGUAGAGACCAAAAAUAUUUAGAGAUCACCAUAAUGCCUUUGGUUUAUUG